AUGACGGGGGGUGGGGCUGGGGGCGCGCGUGCGGCCCCGUUGUGCCUAUUGGCUUCCCGAGUGUGUCCUUCACUCUCAUUGGCUGGCGCGCUCGCCCGCUCUGUUCGGGGGCUCCCCUCAGCGAGGGGCGCGGGAGGGGCCCGGCCCGCCCCCGCCAACCCCCUGCCCGGCUGCCCCCCGGGGCUGUUCCAGUGCGAGCCCGGCGCCGUCUGCUUCCCCCGGGAGUGGCGCUGCGAUGGGUACCCCGACUGCGAGGGUGAAGGGGACGAGUCGGGCUGCGGGACGGUGACCCCGGCGGAGCCGAGUCCUGACGGCGCUUGGACGGUGCCGCCCGCAGGUACGGGGGGGGGGCGGCGGCCGUGCUCAGGGGGUGAUAAACCGCACCGAAACGUGUCGUUUCUUGUUUUUAGCCUCUCUGAGACAGCUGCGCUCACCACAGCAUGCUUCGGGCAGAGGAAGUGCUGUAGGGUUAGCCCCACCUUAAGCUUCCUCCUGUGGAGACAGUGUUUAAACACCCCAGGACUCCCUAACAUGCACUUCUGGCUGCUUCCUUCCGGCAAGCCUGUGACAUUGGCGUCUUUGUCCACCCUUCUGAGCUCCUCUAAUCUCUGGGGAACGGACAAGCUGAAGGGAAAAGGACAGGGGAAGCACUUCUGGGCCACGUGGGCAGGAUCAGAGCAGCAGACGCUGGCAUCUGUCAAGCUGAAGGGUGUGUGUGCAUCCCCAGGACUGUCCGUGUCUGCUGCUCUUCUCCGAGAUGCUCUGGAUCUUCCUUUGUCACAGACCCGUUGGUUGUCUGAGAGGCUUCAGCUACACCUGUGCCUGGGGGGCUCAGUGCCAUUGGGGAGUCAAGGCCACAUGUGGAUCUUGAUUAUUGCAGUGCUCCUGAGCAUCCUGGUAGCUGUGGGCUCUAUUGCUGUGUGGAGCCUGUCCGAAGCAAAAAGCAGAUUUGACAUCCUCAGUGUUGAAAAAGCAUCCAGGGAACAGCUGAUGCCUGACCAGAGCCAGACAGGCUUAUUUCCCCAAAGGGUUUCUUGCACCCCAUGCGCUCUGUAUGCACGAGGGAGAAAUGCCUUCUUGCCCUGUGUCUUACCCCCAGAGGGGAAAGCUCUAGAGGCAGCUUUUCCAAGCUGUUCCUGCUGCAGGUCAGCCACAUGCUUGCGGUUUCAGUCUGCCCUGAAGCAGCAGAACUCUCCUCUUAUCUUCCUUCCUUGCAAUCAGGCAUGAAGGCUCUUGCUUGACUGCACAGCCUAAUCUGAGAAGAUCCUGGCUUCUUCAGUAGUCCCUGUCCUUCCUCUGCUGCCAAGGUCAAUGAGCACUCAUGCUAAGAUGCUAAUCUUCCAGUGUCAGUUGUUUUCUUCCACUUUGCACAAAUUGAAGUCAAACCAGGUGUUCUUGUGUUCUUG